AUGAAUCAUGAAUAUUUUUUGCAAUUAGAUCCAUUAUCUAUUUUACCAAAACAAGCAACUGAAGAAAGCAUUGUUCGUGACUACAACCUAAAAGAGAUCAAAUUCUUAAACAAUCCAGAGUUAAUCGAUAAACUUUUAUAUCCUUUUAAAGUCAUUAUCGGUAAAGCUCUUAAAUUAACGUCCCCUCAUCUAGAAAUGUCAUUAGAUUUAAUAUUAAGAUGCAUUUCUUUCUUAGAAAGCAAUAAUUCAAAAAUAAUUUUUUCGAAAUUUGCAGCAAAUCUUAUUUACAUGAUCAACAACGGAGUAUAUUUCCCUGUGUACAGACCUAUGCAAUUACAGUUAGCAAAAAUUGCUUUAAAUAGCGAAAAUAUCGAAUUAAAAAAGAUUUAUUUGGUUUUAGUUGCAUUCAACAACCAAUCACUUCAUUACAAAACUCAAUGGAUACAAGAGAUGCCGGAUUCAUUAGUCCAACUUCUCUCUGGCGUUCUUUUUAAAGAGCCAGAGAAUCAAUUAGCUCUGUCAUUGAUUCUUCCAUACAUGGCCAAGAAGUUUUCGCCAAAUGAGAUCAAAUACAACAAGCAGUGCCAGUAUUUUCCCGGUCCAAUUGAGUUUUUAAGGGGAUAUUCGAAGUAUUCACAAAACGAUAGAAAUUACAUGAACCAAAUACUAAGAUUGGCAUAUUUCUUUACAUUUCCACUCUUUUCGCAAGAUUUCAACAAAUCACAAGAUUAUUUUGUCAAAUUAGGAAAAUUUGUUGAACUCAGUGACUCAGCAAGGUCAUCCUUCUUGUAUUCCAUCUAUAUUUCCUUCUUAAGUCCAGAAAACGUCACAAUAAUUCCAACAUUUUUCCAAAACUUGAGAAAUCCAGCGGGAAGAAGUAUAAUGGCUUCACUGUUCACAUACAUCAAGUCUGAAGAGUAUUCUUUGUUAAUUUCCAAAUUUGGAUAUUUAUUCUUUCAAUUCUUUUACACAAAUAGAAAAUACAUACCAGAAGACUUCAUUUUGAGUCUUGAGCCACUUAAUUUUGAGUUAUCCAACUUCAUUUUGGAUUUUGAAAAAAUAUCUCCUUCAAAAAACACAAAUUUAUACCUUCAGAGUGUUUAUAAUGCCAUUAUUCGCUUUUCUUCAUUCGAUUUCACAACAAUGAGGUCGAUUAUUGAAGAAAAUUCCAUAAGAAUUUUGAAAAUAAUUUAUAAUGUACGUAAUCUCAUAUUUAAUGUACCAAAUCUGUAUUCAAUCAUCACAAUGGACUACAUGUUUCAGAUAUUUACCCUAUUUUUUGACUUUUUAGGCAAAAUUUUUGAUGAUUUUUCAUCUCAUGUUUCAAUUCUCAACGAAGCCAAUGCUGACAGCAUUCUUUUGUGUCUGAAAUACAUCAUGCUUGCCCAGAUACCUGAUUCCAAGUCUGAUUCGAUCAAUUUUCAUGCAAAUCAAGCUUAUAAUUCAAUAAUUACAUUUAUUUCGAAAAACAAAGACCAAUUUAGGCGAGUACUUCUAUUCCAUUACAGACCAUCCCUCAUUUUACCUCUUCUUGUCAUUGCAAAUCACGUAAAAUUGCCAGAAUUUAUGUUAUUAAAGCUUUUGUCGUACGCUUCUCAUGCAACUACCUUUGCAAUGAUAUCUUCUGCCACUGUUAUGUUGAAAAACCUUCCAAUCAACAAAGAAAUCGCAAAUGGAUUAAUAAAUGAGUCAAUAAAGAGGAGUUUGACCAAAAAGAACGAUGAAGCAUUAAGAUCUUUAGAGACUUAUUUAUAUUUCAUUGCAAUAUUGAUUGAAUUUUCACCACAUAUUGUUUCAUUUUUAAUUGAGUCACCAAACUACGAUGUUUUCAUCAAUUCUAUCAAGAAUGCGAUAUUUAAUUCAAAGCACAACGAAACUUAUAUUGCUUUGGCUCCAUUUUUGAUACUUUUGAGAAAUCUCAAAGUUAUUAACCCUUCUGUAACAAUUGAGUUGCCAUACGAAGAGAUUUUCACUCUCAGUUGCAUAAAGGCCCUUCAAAAGUACGGAGCUGAAGCUUUAAUCGACAUUUUUAUUCAAGAUUUUAUUCUUCAGCAGAAACCAUAUACUUUUGAUCUCCAAUUGAAGUUACUGAGCAAAUACAAGAUCAACAAUGUCAAAACUCUUCAAGAUUUGAUUGAUCAGAAAUCUGUUGACAUUGUUCAGCCAGUUUUUGAGAAGAAGGACAUUCAAUACAUUCCUUGGCAGUUCAGACACAAAUAUUUCGAUGAAAUAAUGACUGGAAAGAAAGUUUGCUUUGCAAAACUUUUGAAUUUGAAUCCAGACCAAAUUCCUUCUUCAGAUGAAGAACCAUGA